AUGAAUAAAGCUAGUGAAAGCGAAGAAAUCUUAGAUUUGUAAAAUAAUAGCAAAAGUUUCAAGUAAACUAUAUAAAUUCAACAAUUAGUAAGAAAGCCAAUCGGCCAUAGCAUUAUCAAAGGGUUGACGCCAAUUUACGACAACAAAUAAUAGAACAAACUUGCAUCAAAGGAUAACCGCUCAGAUAGGUUUAAACUAAACUAUUGUUACUUAGAUUGCUUAAAACUUGGGAAUUAAGUACUCCACAGCCAAAGCCAUAGUCUAGGUGUACUAAAAUGAAGGCAGAAUUGGAAAGAAGAGAACAAGAGAUAAACGAAUAUUCCAAGAAUUAGAAACAUACAUUCUGCUUGUCAAUAAGCAAACAGGGAAAAUAGAAAAAAGGAGGUUGAAGUCAGAAUGCAACGGCCUCAAGAAAAAUCUUUAAGAUGCCUCUCUUAAGUAAAAGAUUAUAAAUAUAGCAGUCUUGAAGAAGCUCACUACUCUUAAAUUGCUCAGUUCUUAGGAAACUAUAAUCUUGAUUUAAGCAAAAGAAAUAUUGAGCCUCAAAAUGAAAGUGUAUUUAAAUUAGUGAAAAUCUUAAAUGAAUAAUACAAACAAUUUUAGGAUUUUAAAGAAAAUGAUUAAUGA